AAUCCCGUCUUCCUCCUCCCUCCCUCCGCCUCUUCGCCCACCGAAUCGCCCAAAUCCCCCCUUCCAUUCCUAUAAAACAUCCAUCCAUCCGCCCGCGACCAAAUCCAAAUCUCAUCGUCAUCCCCCCACACCCCCAACCCAACCCCACCCUCGUCUCCCCCGGAUCGGAGGCGCGCGAGCGAGAUGGCGAACAUCGACAUGGCGGCGGUGCUGGCGGACAUGGAGCGGGACGCGGCGGCGGACGCGCGCACCCCGCGGACCAAGCUGGUGUGCACGCUCGGCCCGGCCUCCCGCUCCGUGCCCAUGCUCGAGAAGCUGCUCCGCGCCGGGAUGAACGUCGCGCGCUUCAACUUCUCCCACGGCACCCACGAGUACCACAAGGAGACCCUCGACGCCCUCCGCCAGGCCAUGCACAACACCGGCAUCCUCUGCGCCGUCAUGCUCGACACCAAGGGACCUGAGAUUCGUACUGGAUUUUUGAAGGAUGGUAAACCAAUCAAACUGACAAAGGGUCAAGAAAUCACUGUUUCCACCGACUAUGAUAUCAAGGGCGACACGAACACGAUCUCCAUGAGUUACAAGAAACUUCCUCAGGAUGUGAAGCCUGGGCAUGUCAUACUAUGUGCUGAUGGUACCAUCUCCUUGGCUGUUCUGUCUUGCGACCCAGCAGCUGGAACUGUCAGAUGUAGGUGUGAGAACACUGCAAUGCUUGGAGAGAGGAAGAAUUGUAAUCUGCCAGGAAUUGUCGUGGACCUUCCUACCCUGACGGAGAAGGAUAAGGAGGACAUUUUGGGAUGGGGUGUGCCUAAUGACAUUGACAUGAUUGCUUUGUCAUUUGUCCGCAAAGGAUCAGAUUUGGUGACCGUCAGACAGCUUCUUGGACAGCAUGCAAAGCGCAUCAAGUUAAUGUCAAAGGUUGAAAACCAAGAGGGCAUUGUAAACUUUGAUGACAUUCUGAGGGAAACCGAUGCCUUUAUGGUUGCUAGAGGUGAUCUUGGAAUGGAGAUUCCAGUCGAGAAGAUAUUCCUUGCACAGAAAAUGAUGAUCUACAAGUGCAACCUUGCUGGGAAGCCUGUGGUCACAGCGACACAGAUGCUCGAGUCCAUGAUCAAGUCCCCCAGGCCAACCCGCGCUGAGGCUACUGAUGUUGCAAAUGCUGUGCUCGAUGGAACUGAUUGCGUCAUGCUCAGUGGCGAAAGCGCUGCUGGAGCAUACCCUGAGGUGGCUGUGAAGAUCAUGGCGCGCAUCUGCGUUGAGGCAGAGUCUUCCCUGGAUAACGACGCCGUCUUCAAGGAGAUGAUCAAGGCUGCGCCCCUCCCGAUGAGCCCGCUGGAGUCCCUCGCGUCCUCCGCCGUGCGGACCGCCAACAAGGCCAGGGCUACUCUGAUCGUCGUCCUGACCCGUGGCGGCACCACGGCGAAGCUGGUCGCCAAGUACCGCCCCAGGGUCCCGAUCCUGUCCGUGGUCGUCCCUGUGCUGACGACCGACUCGUUCGACUGGACCGUCAGCUCUGAGGGCCCCGCCAGGCACAGCCUGAUCUACAGAGGCCUGAUCCCGCUUCUCGCUGAGGGCUCCGCCAAGGCCACCGACUCGGAGUCGACGGAGGAGAUCCUCCAGGCCGCGCUCAAGUCGGCCGUGAAGAAGCAGCUUUGCAAGGCCGGCGACGCCGUCGUCGUCCUGCACCGUAUCGGCAUGGCCUCCGUCAUCAAGAUCUGCACCGUCAAGUGAUCGGCACGGUGACCCGAGCGCCGCCCUGGUCCUUGCUGCCGUGGCGAAACCUGGGUCCCUUGUUCCUCUCUGGUCUUCUCACCUUACCGUCAGUAUUGCAGUUUGUUGCAUAGAUCCGAUCCGCGCUGGUAAAUUAGGAGGGAGAGGACUCCGUUAUAUAGAGCUCUUUUAUUUCCUGUAGUAUGGUGUUUGGCAGGUGUCAUUCCUGCGCAAAUUUUUCUCUAAUUAUUAGUUGCUGCUGCUGCUUGUUGUACUCUGAACUCUGAAGUACUGGUUUGGUAGUGAUGUCGAUACAUGUGGUGAUAAUAAGAUUUUGGCAUCGUCGAGUCGGAAGCUCAA